AUGGAUGGCACGAGGUUUGGUGGCUGUUGGGGGUCGCGUCUGCAGCGCAUUCUUGGGAGACGGAAGGCCGAGACGCGCGAUGUUACGGUCGACGACUCCGGUGCACUUGCAGCGCUCACCUCAGUCCGCGACGAUUCCCCGAUAGGGCAACACCGGUGUAUAAAUCAGCUGAAUCCGGCCGUUUUUGAACUGGCAAACGUAGCGGUGUGUGCGUCAGUGGCGCGUCGGAGCGCGCACGUGCGCAGUCCCGCGGCGGCCGGCGACCAGCGCAGAGCGCCGCACGCGCCGGCAUGUGACGCGACCGGGAGCAUGCGGCUGCCGCUGCUGCCGCUGCUUGUGCUGCCGCUCGUGCUUGCGCGCCCGGCAGCAGGUGAGAAUAUAUUAUAUUACUUUCAAAAAAAUUCUACACGUCCAGCCCUCGGAAUAAAGGGACAAAAGUGUUUUCUUCCCUCAAUGUUUGUUAUCCCCUAA